AAUCGGAAAGGCUGUCAAUAAUGAUUCAGCCAUGCAUGUUCAAGGUACUUGCAAAUAAUAUGCUUCACAUAGAUCCUAAUUACAAUUUUAUAAAGUAGCCACUCUAUAAAAAGAAUGUACAUUUGACUAGUAAACCACAUUGUCAGUUUGUAUCAGCAAGUGCAAGUUGUUUAUUAGAGCAAAAUGCUGCUCGAAGUUUGCAGAUUUUCUGUGUUUCUAAUUGCUCUUUUCGCGACAGUUAAUGGUCGCUUCACUGAGGAAGAAAAACAACUAAUGAAUCAAGUUCACUCGCAAUGUAUUUCUGAAACAGGCACUUCAGAAGAUCUAGUUACGAAAGCAACCACUGGUGACUUUGCAGAUGAUGAUAAUCUAAAGUGUUACGUCAAAUGCAUUUGGAGUACCUUGACUGUGAUGGACGAUGAAGGUAACUUUGAUGUUGGGGUCCUGGAAGUUAUGUUGCCGGCUGAUAUGAAAGACACAGUUAUGAAGGCUAUGAACGCCUGCACAGGAGUUGGUGGAGCAACACCUUGUGAAAAGGCUUUCGCAAUGACCAAGUGCUUGUACAAGGAAGCACCAUCGGAUUUCUUCUUACCAUAAAUGGAACAAUCUGGAUAAAAUUCAGCUUUAUCUGUCAUUUUGCAUCGUGUAUUAUAAAAUCCUACCAAAAAUAUAACUAGAAAUACAGAAAUCAUUUUCAUAAA